UCAUUCUCUCAUCGCGCGGACCACAGAGUUCACUGUGAGACUGAGUCCAGACUCCAGAGAGAGAAGCUCUAGAGAGAGAGAGAGAGAGAUAGAGAAAACCUAGAGAGAGAAAGAUGAAGCUUUCGCUGAAAGUUCAAGAUCAGCACAAGAAUGCCCAACCUCACCUCCUUCACAACCACCACCAAAACCCUCUCCUCAUCCGAGCCAAAAUCCCCAUUUCAGUCUUCGGCUUCCCGUUCCUCUCCGCUGUCACCGCCACCGAUCCCUCCGACGUCUCCUUCUCUCUCUCCACCAAUUUCCCCACCGGACCCUCCGUCAAACUCUCCUACGCCCCUACCUCCACCACCAAAACCGCCGUGGCCUCCGCCACUCCACCUUUAAUUCUCACCCUCAAGUCCGGCGUCAGCUUCUUUGGCUCCCCAAACAACUCUCCUCUUGUCAUCUCCGCCCACUGCACUUUUUCACCUCAAAACCCUAACCCUAACCCUAUCUUCUCUCUCCAAUUCAAGCCGCAGUUUGGCAAUUUCUCGCUAUGCAAAACUACCUAUUCUGCCACAAACCCUAACCCUAAAGCCAAUGGUGAGGCCAAUUCGUUUGGGUUUGUGCCAUUAGAGAGGUCAACGGUUUGGAAGGACUUGAGUCACUUGACAAUGGAGUCUUGUAGUGGGAAAGAUUCAAUUUUGUCGGGAAUUGCUGUCAGGGCAAGGACGGAACUGCCGGUGACAAAGCGGGUGGCUGUGAAUUUCCGGUGGGGAGUCAAUUUUCCAGCUGAUUUUGGGAAACAACUGCCUUUCUUGAGUGUGAAUAAGGUUGGGAUUGAAAGGGUAGAUGAGGUAAAGGAAGUGAAAGAGAUUAGUGUGAAGAGAAAUGAGAGCAAUGUAGAUGAUAUGAAGGUGUUGAAGGGGAUGUGUUUUUGGAUGAGAAGUGAAUUGGAUGCUUUGCAGAAAGAAAACAGAGAGAUGAAACAUAGGUUGGAGGAAAUGAAAUUGGGGCAAUCUGUGAGGAAUUAUAGCCACGGUAGUGAUGGUGUUGGAAAGAGUGCGCCACCAGUGGUCGAGAAUUCAGGUGGAUUUGAGCAGUGGAGGAACAAGAAUGGUGGGAAAGACAAUGGGCGAAAAGAGUCGAAGAAGACUGUGAACCGAGCAGCCGAUGUGGAGAGUGAAUUGGAGAGAGCUAUUAAGGCUGCUUCCUCUUUAUGAGGUUGGCCGGGUUUACAUUCCACCGAGAACGUUACCGCAACAACCUGAAGUUGGCUUGAGAAACUACCAUUGAGGGAAGGAUCCAGCUUUAGCUCCAAAGGUAGCAAUCAUAUAUAUAGAGUAUAGUUUUGUUGAGUGUUCUUUCAAAGUCCUCCUAGAUAUCAAUUGUAGUAACUCUCUGGCAUUAAGCUUUUAAACCAUGAACUUAAUUAAUAUUGAGAGGCAAAUUUAAUGAAUUGGUCAAAUUAUUGCUA